AUGUCCCAGCCUGUAACGGAACGAGAUCGUCUACUUCCUAUCCGCAAAGCGUCGAAUGGCGACAUACGACAUGGAGAAAGGAGGCCGUUGGGGCCGUUGGAGAUAUCGAGGGGAACGCGGUAUAGGAUCCUGGCAGGGAUUUGGACAGCGACAUUUCUAUCCGCCUUGAAUCAAACCUUGGUGCCAACUAUGCUUCCAUCUAUUUCGUCUGAAUUCAACAAAUCCAACCAAGCCAGUUGGCUGGGGACCUCUUACCUACUUGCCACCUGCACGUUCACUCCACUUUACGGCCGCCUCUCGAACGUCCUCGGUAGAAAAGGUGCAAACCAUACCGCACUGAUAUUCGCCGGUCUCGGCGUACUGCUCUGCGGCCUCUCGACCAACAUGGAGACGCUCAUUUUGGCUAGAUUCCUUUCCGGAAUUGGAGGAGGUGGACUGAUGACUACGUCGUCUAUUAUUGUCAGCGAUAUGUAUACGCUGCGGAGUCGAGGCCUGACGCAAGGCGUCCAGAGCGUGUUUAACGGUCUUGGUAUGGGAUUUGGUGGCCCGCUAGGAGGCUUGGUGACCGACUGGCUCGGUUGGCGAUGGGCCUUUAUCAUCCAAAUGCCCCUGUUCAUAUUUUCCUACGUCCUCACAACGAUGAACCUUAACUAUGUGACUGAGGGGAAAGGAAAGAGCACGAGAGAAAUCCUCAAACGCAUUGACUAUGGCGGCAGUGCGACGCUUCUAAUGGCCGUUGGAUCCUGCUUGCUUUUCCUUAGUGCCAGAUAUAACGAAGGGCUUGAGUGGUCGAGCCCCUCCGUGACCAUCUCUGCAUCGUUGACAGCUGUCUUCUCGAUCUUAUUCAUCAUAGUCGAAAUAUGGGUGGCGCCUGAACCAGUCCUUGCGCCAUUCCUCCUGAAGCAAAAAAUCCCUGUCCUCGUCGGGAUAUCCAACUUCCUCGUUGCAACAUGCAACUUCUCGAUCAUGUACUUCCUGCCUAUGUGGUUCCAGACUGUGAUUCUGACGAGUGCUUCGAUUGCUGGUCUGCACCUACUUCCCAAUUCCCUUUCGAUGUCUGUUGGUUCGCUGUUCGCGGGGUGGAUGAUGCACGUUACUGGCCGGUACAAGCUCAUCAACCUCAUCUUUGGCGCGCUCCCUUUUAUUGGCGCGUCUCUCAUCUAUCGGUUGCAAGAAGAUUCGGGCUUCUUUGUAUCGUGGUUCAGCAUCGUUCCGCUAGGAUUUGGAAAUGCCGUUGUCCUUCAAACCAUGUUGAUUGCACUGCUCGUUCAUCUUCCUGAGAGUUACAUGGCAGUAGGAACGGGAUUUGGACAGCUUUUCCGUGGAAUUGGUCAAGUCGGAGGCGUCGCCGUUUCAUCCGCCGUCUUCCAGUCCAUCCUCGAUUCGGAACUGAGGAAGCGCUUGACGGGGCCAGAUACCGAGUUCAUCAUGAAGAUUCGCCAAAAUUCUCGACUCAUAGCUUCCCCCGACAUACCCGCACACAUCAAAGAAGCGGCAAAGGAAUCCUACAAGAUCUCGUUAAAAUCUGUUUUCUUCUUUGCUUCAUGUAUGACGCUCCUAGCGUACAUUGUCCGGUUACCCAUCCCCGACAAGCACCUCGACCACGAACCCAAACGCGAACACACCCACACCCACCGGCACCACCAGCACCAGCAUCAACCACCAUCCUCUUCACCUUCAGAAAGCAGCACCGUCGUCGAACCAUCUUCAGUUCGCACGUCUAUGACUCUUGACCGCGGAGCAGAGUAUAUCGACGUUGAGGACCGUUGUGAACUUGGCGAUUCUGAGUCUGAGGAUAGUGAGCUCGAGGUUGGCGGCGUCGAUUCUGCAAAACGUACGAGAACGAGGAAGCGAAGGCUGUCGACGUAUGAUAUGGCAGAGGAUGUUGCGGACCCGGAGAUGCACUAUGGGACACCGCGGGUCUGA